AUGGUUUUACUAACACCGGAAGAGGAGCUUGAAAAACAAUAUCGAGAUUACAAAGCUCAGUUCGAACAGUGGAAAGAAAAAAACAAAAAUUCAGUCGGUACAGAAGCUUAUGUCGCAUAUGUGAAACAGUUUGAAGCGUGGGAACGGGAUGUCGAUCAGAGACGUGAGAUGAUUCGUGCUAAAGCGGAAAAUGAUGCCCAAGAAGCACAGGCUACUGCACUAGCAAAAGCAAAGGCAGUGGCAGAAGCAAAAUUGAAAAAAGAGCAAGAAAUGGAAGAAGAACGUAAAAAAAAACUCGAAGCGGAAACUGCGGCACAAGCUGCAGCUUAUGCAAAACAUCAACAAUCAUACCUUACACAUCACCAAUCAGCUAUGCAACUCGAACAGCAGUUACAUCAAGCAGCUCUAUCAGGCUCAAAAGAUAGUCUGUCAGUACAUACGGCGGAUUCAAAAAGUGUUGAUGGUGAUUAUUCUUAUUACAAAGCAUUAGAUCCAACUCAUGUUGCCAAAAUGAUGAAGCACAUGGCACAGGUUGCGCAGUUGGUGAUGGGUGAUCAGGGAGAUGGAACUUAUCAGCAAACAAUUCAAACUACAGUAGGACAAACAGUACCACCACCGCAGCUGUGGGGUAAUGAUAGGAUAACGUAUGAUUUGAACGACCUAAUGUACAAAAGAUGGGCAAUGCGAGCAGCUCCACCGUAUUAUAAACCUACUUACAAGCCUCCUCCAUCCGAUUAUCAAGUAACUCCGUGUUGGCUUUAUGUAGAGCAAAUGAAGGAAGAAAAGCUGAUGCUUGCCCCUCAAGUUAAUAUGCCGCCACCGCCAUUUAUACCAAAAUUUGUUUCUCACUAA